AUGUGCAGCCAGCCAUCAACCAUAUCUAUGCAUCAACCAAGCAUAAUUAUAGUAUCUAUGAACCAAGCACUUCAAAGACAUUGCAAAUUGGGAACUUCUGUGAUGGAGCUGGAAAAGAUUGGUACUACGUACUCAUGGGACUUUGUGGACCCUCCUUCGAGCGACUGCUUCUGCCCAACGUGUGGGGACAUCUUGCAAGAGCCAAUGCUGACCAACUGCUGUGGAAAACACUUCUGCAAGAGCUGUAUAGAGCCAUUGUUCCAAACUAAACAACCAUGCCCAAACAAAGAGUGCCUUGAGACUGACUAUCUGUGCAUUGUGGACAAACCAAAGUGGAAGAAAAUCAUGGAGCUGGAUGUGAUCUGUCCCCUCAAAGGCAGGGGGUGCAAUUGGAAGGGGGAGGUUGGGACACGAGACAAACAUUUGGACCCCCAGGAGGGUAACUGCGAGUAUAUCGAUGUCGAGUGCACCAAUGGGUGUGGUGAAGAGAUGGAGCUGUACGAGUUAGCCGAGCACCUGGAGCGUUUCUGUCACAAGCGUCCGUACACAUGUGAACACUGUGGGUUCGAGAAUGUGUUUGAGGUGGUUACAAAAGACCACGUGCACGAGUGCCCAGCCUUCCCUAUCGAAUGCCCUUGCAAUUCUGAUAACAUUACGAGAUCUAGCUAUCCUGAACAUUUGCUAGCCUGUCCUGAGCAAGUGGUGGAGUGUGAGUUCAGCUACGCUGGUUGUCUGAAGAGAGUUUUGAGGAAGAAAAUGGCACAGCAUCAACAGGACGAUGUGUACACACACCUCAGCUUGCAGACUGCCUUUGCUUCCAAGCAACUCACAGAGAAAGACAAGCAACUAAGAGAGGUGUCUGAGUAUUGGGAGACAAAGUUUAACGAAAUGUCAAUGACGAUGAGCAAACUUCAAAAGCAUGUUGAGGAACAAUCAAAAUGGAUGAAGCGUGAACUGCAAAGGAAAGAAGUUUUGAUUUCUGAACUAAGACGAAUUCACAAACUGGAAGUUUUUUGCGAUAUUUCAAGUCAUCGAAAGUUAGAACUCAAACGAGGAGACAUUGCCAUGGAGAAUGCUGAUAUUAUCGUUAAUGCAGGAGCAGAACAUUUUGACUAUGUAAUGGGUGUUUCUAAGGCUCUCAAUGAAGCUAGUGAUGGACUUCUUAAGCAGUACACCACUCAGUACUUAGAAGAGCAUCCAGGUGAAAACGUGUGUGCAGCUCCUUUUCUAACAGAAGCAGGAGGUGCUCUGGACUGCAAGAAGGUUUUACAUGCUUUUGGUCCUGGUUGGAUUCGUGAUUCAGAUUCAGGAGCACAGUCGGUGUUAUGUCAAUGCAUUAAAGAGGUGUUAGAGUGUGCUGAGAAGGAAGAGGCUACAUCAAUUGCAAUUCCGGCUAUUAGUGCUGGUGGACUAAGAGGAAACAAAAAAGUUGUUGCAAAAUGUAUUUUCAACUCAAUUAUGCAGCACAAGUAUACCAAAUCUUUUCCUGUUCUGGCGGAUAUUCGAAUUGUGAUACUUGAUAAACCGACUUUCAAUGCAUUUGCUGAACAUUUUAAAGUAUGAUAAUUAUAAUGCACAAAUUCUUGCUAAAAAUUCUGUCAAGAAUUGAAUGAAAUUAUCGUUAUUACACAA